AGUGCAUGAGAAUUUAUCUUGAUUGGUGUAAUUUUGCAUUGACUGGGUUUGAUAAAUAGUACCCUCGAGUUGUGUGUACAUGUAUUCAUCGGCCUGCUGAAGGUACACAUCUACAUUGCAUCUAAUUUCAGGUUGGAAAUGGCCGGUCCUAUGACGGAACUGAAUCCUGACUUUCCAAGAGGAAGGGAAACUGGUGAUUAUUUCGUGGUGAUACUGUCUAAAACAGCAAUGCAGAAAGAAAGAAGCCUGAAGGGCAUCAGUUUAUCUGAUUGCAAGAUAGAUAUUGGAAUCACGACAACGGAAUAUAUAAGUAUCAGACUAACUGUGAACAACGAGUUGUAUGGAUAUGACAUUUCGAUCCCACCGGGGGAGGACAUCUACCCAGAGAAAACGGAAGUAAAGGCUAAAAAGGACACACUCGAAAUAAAGGUUUAUAAGAAGACUAAUUUCGAGAUGGUCAAAUAGAGGAGGAAGAUAUAGAGGAUGAUGUAGAGGACGAUGAUCUGAUGAUGAAAAAGAGGACAAAUUAUCAUCCGUACUCAGCAUUAUCUUUCAUUCUGAAGUAGUAGUGGAGUACACAGUGUUAAUCUCAGCAGCAUCUUACAUUCUCAAACACACAGUGUUUAUCUGUCAGUAGAAUUCAAUGCCUCUUUAAUGUAGCCAUUUUCUUUCAUGUCUUAAAUUUCUUGAAAUAAACAGUUAGAUACAAUA